AUGAAUGGGCUUAGCAAAAGGGGCCAUACUGACAAGACUUUAAGUUUUCUCCGUUUAAUGGAACAAGGGAACACUAAGCCCGACGUAUAUAUCUACAGCAUUGUCAUAGAUUCCCUUUGCAAAGAUGGAAACUUAGAUGCUGCUAUCACUCUUUUGAACGAGAUGAAGCAGAGAGGCAUUCCUCCAAACAUAGUCACAUAUAAUUCAAUAAUUGAUGGUUUGUGUAGGAUUGGUCAGUGGAAAAAGGUUAAGAUUUUGUUAUCUGAGAUGUUGAACCACAAUAUUUAUCCAAAUGUGCUCACCUUCAGUAUACUUACUGAUGGACUAUGCAAAGAAGGGAAAGUUGAAGAUGCCGAGGAAGUAAUGAAACACAUGAUCGAAAAGGGUGUAGAGCCUAAUAUUAUCACCUACACUGCGAUAAUGGAUGGAUAUUGUUUGCGUGGUCAAGUGGAUAGUGCGAGGAGAAUUUUUGAUAUCAUGAUAGAUAAGGGCAUUGAGCCUGACAUUUUUAGCUAUGGCAUACUAAUAAACGGAUACUGUAAGAAAAAGAAAGUGGAUGAGGCCAUGCAAUUGUUUUGUGAAAUUUCUCAAAAGGGAUCAAAACCUAAUAUCAUUACCUACAAUACUAUCUUGCAAGGUCUGUUUGAAGUUGGAAGAACUGGUGAUGCAAAACAAAUUUACGCUGAGAUGCUAUCUGCGGGGACCAAGCCUGAUAUAUACACUCAUCUCAUUUUGCUCAAUGGUUAUUUUAAGUGCGGACUUGUUGAAGAAGCUAUGUCACUCUUUAAUAAGUUAGAAAGAAGCAGAGAAUAUACUAAUAAUGCAUUUUAUAGUGUUGUCAUUAACGGAUUGUGCAAAAAUCGUAAACUCAACGAAGCGCAUGCUGUUUUCAAGAAGCUUUCUUUCCUUGGAUUGUUUCCGGAUGUGAGAACAUACACCGAUAAAUGGAUUUUGUCUUGA